AACCUAGUAACCCGUAGUAACCUGACGGCGCGUGCCUUCCAUGAUUGGUAUGGCAGCUACACCUGCGGUAUAGCUACUACCGCCCUUAGUUUGGAUUUAGUUGCUGCAGGACGAGGGAGGAGUAAACCGGCACGAUGUUUGUCCCAGUGGAAAAUAUGACAUCGAAGGAGAUGCUUGAGAAAAUAGCUGAGCUGGAUUACAAUCAGAGCCAACUGAGGGACCUGAACACUCAGAUGAGGCACUGGCUGGAUGUUGCAGAUGAGGAUAUGGCAGUGCUGCGCUCAGAAAAUGUCGCCCUCAGAAAACAAGUGCAAGCCCUGGAGAAGAUUGUCAAUGAAGCACAACAGGUUGAAGCAGAGCCUUGCAGGGCGCUCCUGACCGAUGUCCUCGAUGUAAAGAGACGCAAUGAAGAAAAGAUUAAGAAAUUGGAAGAGGAAUCUACCAUGAUGAAGGAACAAAAUAAGAAACUAACCACAGAGCUAAAAAAUCUCAAGCAGGAACGAGAGCAGGACAAGCUCAGCUUGACCAAGUUCAAGGCUGCACUUAUAAAGUUUGAGUUUGAAAUGGAGGAGGCUCAGUCAGGGCUGCAGCAUAGGGAUGAAAUUAUUCAUAAGAAAAACAUGCAGUUAAAGCACUUGGAGGAAACUGUAGGAGAGUAUUCCAUCAUCAUAAAGGAUCUCAAGCAGACAAAUCAGGAGCUGAAGAAGCAGUUGGAGGACCGACAGGAUGAGACUGCACUCUCUGCUCUGAAUGACCUGACGGAAGAAAAAGAAGGAUCACCCAGUCCUCCUCUAUCCUUCGCAGACGAACUUAAGCUCUUGGUGUCUUCAGAUGAAGUGAAACCCAGCACACCAGACUCCAAACGUCAAAGUCAUGAGGAGUCUGAGACUGAGGAGCUGCUGAAACCUCAAAGUCUCACAGAAGACCUUCACACCAACAGGUGUGCAAGGCUCUUG